AUGUAUAAUAUAAUUUUAUCUAUAUUUUAUCCAAUAUUCUUAGCAUUAGUUUUUCCAACCCAAAUAUUUCUUUUUGUCGUCGUAGUCAAAUAUUCUCCGAAGUAUAUGCAAACUCUGAGAAAUGUUUUAUUUUGCAACUGCAUUUUCCAAACGAUUUCAGUAGUAUUGUUAUGUUUGUUACAACUUCGUCAAGUCUCGCACUUGAAACCCAUGGAAAUCUGGUGUUAUGGGCCGUUAAGGCAUUUUGAGGCGAUUAUAUCUUAUUGCUUGUAUUUCGUAUCCCAGAGCACCUCUGUUGUUAGCAACAUUUUAGUGCUCCUCACAAUCUAUCUGAAAUAUGAAGCUGCAAAAAACGUAACAAACAAGCAAUCCAACAAAUGCAUAGUUAUUAUACUUUUAUUGGUGCCAGUUUUUGUAUUAGUGGGAGCUGAAAUAUACAGUGUCGUUACACAUUCAUUGUUGCCAGAAGUUAGAUAUCUUUUCGAGGUAAUCAAUUCCAACGUGACUGACCAUUCAGUUAUUGGUUAUAUAACUUUGCAAACUGUUCCAAGUUAUUUGAUAAUCAGCAUUGUUUUCGGAUCGGUUUUCCUGCUUCCACCGAUGGGAUUGUAUACACGGAGAAAAAUCAUUUUCCACAUCAACUCCGGUAGGGAUACUACUUCACAACUCAAAAAACAUCAACGGAAAACAUUUAUAAAUGGUUUAACACUCCAAGCUUGCCUUCCUCUUGUGAGCCUGUGCCCAAUUUUUGUGUGCUAUGUGAUAGUGAUUGGAACUAAAUCAGAAUUGCUUUUCGAGCAGUAUUGUAUUUCUGUGCUAGUGCUACUCCCCACGUUUUUCGACCCGUACAUCACGUUAUACUCGGUGGCUCCGUACCGAAAACAAAUCGGGAUGUGGUUGGGAAAAGCAAAGACAGGACCUAUGAUUGUCAUAUCUUCUAUUAUGAAUCUUUAA